UUCUUCUGACAAUGACAUUGACAGAUAUUUAUCAUACUUCAUUUUGUAUUUAUUCGGAUUACUGUGUUGUGAUAGAAAUUAAAAUUUACAGAGCCAGCUAAAAUGAUUUGAUGCUCUAUUUACAAUCUCGAAUCGCUCCGUUAGACUAUACUCAAAGCCUGUGUAAUGUGUGGUUACAUGUAAAAUUAUUUGGGUCACAAUGCUGAGUCGUUUUUCAGAUGUACUACAAACAGCGGCGGACGUUUUGGCGCCUCCAGCCACGAGGUUGGAGGAUUUCGAGUACCAUUGGAAGAUGAUACUGAAUUUUUACCAGAACUAUGACGAGAAUAACAAACAGCAUGUUGAGGAGACGAGGAUACCGCAUCACCUGCAUCAAAUGUUACAGCUAAUAGUAGACGAAGAAAAAGAACAGCAGGGUGGUACGGUCGGCCCCUGUAUGGAGGCCAUAGUCCAACGCUCCAUAUGUCUACUGGACGCGUUGUGUGCCCUCGCGGCGGCCGAGCGCCCCCCCGGCGCGCGGGCGCUAGCGCUCACGACGGGGACUGCGUUACUGAGGCGGACGAGGCAGCCCUGUGUUAAUAGUGCGCAUGUUUAUAGGCCUUUGCAGCGAAUGUUAAUCCAAUGCAACGAAAGUCCAGCAUCACCAACAGAGAAGGAAGAAGUAGAGUUACUCCUAACUCUCUGUGGCCUGGUGCGUAAGGAGCCAGGCCUGGCUAACAUAUUCACCACACCCUUCGUAGAAGACAAGUCUACGCUGCUCAGUAUACCUGAAGAUAUACAGAAGCUUAUACCUAUUAAGAGUAAGAUACAAACACCAAAGAAGAACCCUCUAUUCGAGGUAGAACUCCCCCCCAACCCUCUUCGCAACGUGUCUAUAAUCCGCACAAGUAAAGAUGACAGUUGUAACGCUACAACUUGUUCGUCGGACGACAACGUCUCGUGUAAGAGUCAUAAGACGGUCUACGAUGAUAAUGAUAAGUUCCUGCUCAUUGAUUUGUUGCUGUCUUAUUUGAAUAGCGCGGAUAAUCAAGUAGUCCUCCGAGCAUGCGAAGGCAUUAUGAUCGUCUCAUCCCUACCCGAGGAUGACAUAGCGAACCUAGUGACGAGCUGCAGCCCCGCUUGCGAGACGAUAGUGGACAAGCUGGCGGCCAAGUACAAGUGCAUCCCGGCCAACGUCGACCCCAGUGAUGUGGACCAUCUUAAUAUUACGUGGGCAUACGUUGCACAAGAUUUUGGAGACAAAUCGUACAGCAAAUUCCAUGGAUACAGAGAGUUGACGAGCUUCUUCUCCUGGUUAGACUACUGUGAUACUUUGAUGAAGGAAUGCCACCCGACGAUAGCAUCACACCUAUCUCGAACAUUCCGUCAGAACUUUCUAGAAGGCACCGCGGAGAACGGCAUCAGCGACAUCCACCACGCGGUGCUGGUCACCGCUAUACUCGCCAAGUGUCUUAAGGUCGUCGACUCGCCUGAUCUUAUUAACGAAUUCUCGAACUGGUUGGUGGGUGAGGGCGAAGUGUCGGAGUGGCCGCUGCUGCACACGCUCAUCAACAACUGCUUGACGGAGUACCACGAUCUCACGCUAGAAACACUCAGGUUUUUCGAGACGAUAAUAGAAAAAGGCACGGAACACAGCAUACACCGCGUAGUACUAGCUCGCGUGACGUCACGGGGAUAUUAUGCACCGCAGCCCAACAACGACGACGACGAGAGAGACAGGCUCAACGACCUGUCGAUAGGGAGGGAAAGGGAAUACAAUAGAGAAGCGAUGAAGCAACUGCAACACGAAGACCACGUGAACGAGCAGAUCACAGAUAUACUCUCCCACGAAGGGCUCGACCCCAAGCACCACGACGAGGGAACGGAGAACAUACACAGGGUCAUCAACAGCUUCCUGCUGCUACUGCCGCGAGCGAUACUGUCGGACCCGGUGGGGGCCGACUACGAACAUUACAUACACGAUGCGCAUAGGCGGUAUCAGUACUGGCUGGACGCGACUUCCACAUUCAACUGGCCCGCCGAUCACAACUGGGUGGAUACCACAGCCAGCUCAACCCACAGUUACGACAGCCGACCAGAGGCCGACAUACAUUUAGACGACGCCUUCGAACCAAUCAAACCUGACACACGAGAGUUACCCAAAAACGACACAAAACACUUCUCACAGAAGUUAGUCCUUCGAUCCAGAGACUUAAAUUCCCAAACUUCAGAAGAAGAAUUUGAUGAAGGACCUUUUUUUAAAAUGAUCUUUAAGUUACUUGCCAACAUGCCAACACAGCCUUACCAAGUUAAUUUACACCUAACUUCGAUCAUAUCGCAGUUAGCUUUGUUACCACAUCCUAAUUUACACGAGUAUCUUCUUAACCCUACUCUGCCGACGGCUAAAAAGACCCCGACGCUGUUUAAAACGCUGCAAGAGUUGGCGAGACGGUUGACUAUGGAAAUACCGCGGUUAAGGAAUUAUAAGAAGAUUAUUGAGAAUACGAGGCUGUGGUUAAUGAGUGAAGAUCCUAGUUAUGAUGAAAAUGCCGACCACAACAUGUUGGUGGAAAGUCUGAUAGUACUCGAAGAAUUUUGCAAGGAGUUGGCAGCCGUCGCGUUUGUCAAGUACCAACACAGCUUACAUAUGCAGAGAUAACUUGUGUUAAUAUCGCGUAAGUAUUGUGAAUAUAUUGAGGGAAGUCCGAUUGUGAAGUGAGGUAUGUUAACGCCCGGUUCGUAUAAUGAAACGAGUCGUUUCG